UUGGCGGGUCAGAAAAACUUUCCCAAAAGAAAAAAAAAAUUGUUUUGCAUUUGCUUGGAAGUUUAAUCACUUGCUACUGCUCGCGUUAAACAUUCUUAUGUGGCCAUGCUGAGGGAACUUAUUCAGUCGUGGAGCCGCGAUCCUUGGUUUACAGCGGAAAGCAGUAACAACACUCUUGAAGAAGCAGACGACCCUUUCAAUGCCUAUGACCAAAAUGCCCUUCUAGCGUCCAUUUUACAGCUACAGGGCAUAUUUGGACAGGAUGAUUUCAUAAAUAUGGAUGGAGACCACUCUCCUUAUUACGAUGAGUUCACAUUUGUUCCUAAUAAUGAUACCUACCUGACAGAGACUGUCGAACCUUCAAACUUGAUCAAUGAUACCAACGGUUGUUUGUAUACAGACAUCACACAACCAACGCUGAAUGAACCUGCUUCUAUUUUGGAAAGAAGAUCUAGUAGCUGUAGCUCCUUAUCUUCGUUCGAUUCCAGUAAAUGUUUUGAUAGUAGUGAGGAAAACAUUUCGUUAGGCACAAGCGGCCAACAGCCAUUAUCAUCAUGCGAGGAUAAUUUAAAACAGUUACAAUAUCAAGAAAAGCAAGAAAACUGUAGAACCAACCAAUUACAAAGCCGUAAACAGCUUGAAGAAAUGAUCCUUGAAAAAAUAACCAAUGAAUUGGAUCCUGAAAGGUUGCCAGGGAUUUUGAGUAUCAUAAAUGCAGUACAAGUCGUGGACCCAGAAGAAGAGAUCGAAGAAGUAGAGGUAGAUUUGGAGCGCUUGGAUUAUGAUCAGUUAGAACGCAUAUUAGCAUAUGUAGACGCAUGUUUAUUGGAAAAAGAAGGUGGGCCAUUGGUGGAUUUGUCAAGUUUUGUGGUGCGCCAACAUACAUUACCAAUGCUCGAUCGACAGCCCGUUGAUGAUCUGCCUCCAAAGCGACAAAAGAAAAGUAAUAACCGCGUAUUUCGAAAACAGUCAGCUAUGGAUGGAGGUCAUAUCGUCGAUGGAUCCUCUUACUCUCAGCUAUCAUCUACUCAUGGGCCAUUAUCUAUGUCUGCAUUGACUGACCUAAAAGAAUCAGCAGAAAUUUUCAAAAAGAGCAAUAACCGGAAACGUAGAAAAACGAAAAAAGCAAAAACCAAAAACGAAAAGAAAAAGCACAAGCCUUCCAUGAAAAAUUAUAAGAAACCAAGUAAAAGAAGAACGACAAUAUGCAAGCGCAAAAUGUCAGAAGAUCUAGCUGAAUCUUCAUCUGCUGAGACUGAUGAAGAUAGCGAGGGCAAAACAGAAGGCGGUUGUGGGAUUAUAAUUUUCGGUGACGAAAAAAUGGAUUUUGCAGUGACACAGAAUCAAACGAUUGUGCAUAACGAAAAUCGACAACCUGCAACAAGCCGACAACCAAUUCAGGCUGCUGCUGCUGCUGUUAAGCAGAAUGAAAAUUCAGUAUUUGUUUCCACUGUUGAUAAGUUUGAAAAUGAGGAAUUCAUUGAUAUCAUGUCUUAAAGAAACUCCCUUUUUUUUUGUAAAUAGUUCAAUCACCUUGUAUCGUUAAAAUAUUCAAUAUUUGUAUAUAGUGUAUAUCCUUUCUUUGUAGCUAUUCUUUGUCUAUUAUAAAUUAUGGAAUUAAAAAAGUUGUUCAGUAUUAUUAA